UCACGAUCUCGAGCAGGUUUUAACGGGUGAGCUCGAGGAAUAUUGAUGAUCAAAUUGUAUAUCUUCCUUUAUUCGUUUAAACUUAUCGCCGUUGUUUAUCCCGUUAAAGGAAGAGAAAACGAAUCGACCGCCUAUCGAAAAAAAGACAAAUUAUGCAGUGAAAAGUACAGUGAGUGGGGGUUCAAGCAGAGGAAAUAUGGCCUUCAGUCAGUUUCAGAGUGCAGCUUCUGGUUCAGAUUCUUAUUUUACAUCGUAUAAGCAUCAGUCCAGUUUAUGUGGGGAUAGAGUUAGAGUCCCUCAGCCCUUCACCUCUCCCCUCCCCUUUCCUGGCUUUGCCCCCCAAGAGGAGUCAUCGCUGCCCUACACACCCUGGGCAGCCCGGGAAGAUCCCUACCAGCUCGGGGAAUGUGCCAAGAACAGGACUUUUGCUGAUGGAAAGGAGUGUGGAAGUGAAUCUGAUCUCUAUGGACUUGUGUCAAAUAUCCUGGAAGAGGCAGACCACAUGGAUACAGACUUUGCAGAAGAGGCACUAUCAAGUUUGAAGUCUGUAUGGUCUCCCAAGUCAGUGAGGGAAGCCAACAGCCAACAAUACUUCCUCUCAGAAUCAAAAAUGCAAUCAAAUUCCUUUCCGGUCUAUCCUGAGCCAUUUAAUCAAUGCCACAGGCAGCUCUCAGAUAAAGAGCCACAACAGAAGAUUGUGCAUCACCAAAGUUUCAACGGCUUUGACGUCAAAAACCAGUGGCUCUUUCCGCCCAGCAAUGGCGAUACGGAUACGUACUCUCUGCAGACUCAGGACAUGGAGAGGGUGUUGUGUCAGGAGGGAUCAAUGGGAGGGAACUCCUUUCUGCCGAAGAACAAACCGGAAACGGAUUACGGUUCAGUCGGAAAGCUGGACGGGCGCUCUCAUCACAUCGACGGUGUCGCGUCCUCUUUUGGCUUACAGAACCGACUGAACGACUACUUCUUCGGUUGCAACGCCAGCCAUUUGACGCACGGACGGGUCAAGCCCCACAGGAGCAAGCAGUUCCCCCUUCCUGAGGGAAACAUGUUGGCCAGGGACAUGCAGGGGCUUCUGGUGAGUGAAGCAGACUCGUUCAGCAGGGAGUCGCAGAACAGGCAGGGCGGACAGAGAGAGUUUGAUGAACAGGUACCCGAGCAGCAGAGCUUCUCAUACCCCAAGAUCCCAGCUCUCGAUACACAGGUCCUCCAGUUUAAGAAGGAGCAGGCCGGGGACUUUAGAGAGUCCCUCAAUAACAGGACCAAGACACAAUCACCGACGGGCAACUACUACGCCAAAGAUUUCCCAGGGCCUCAGCAUGCCGAACACUUACAGCCACCCAAAGGCUUUUCACCUUCUUUCACUGUGCCAGCACCUGCCCUCAGCAAACACAUGGAUAAUUAUUCCCUUCCCAACCAGCAUCCCCCUCAUCAAAGCCAGCUAGGCCACUACCUCAAUCAAGUCAAGCAGCCUAAUGGAAAUGGAGCCGCAUCCGGGCUGUCUAAAAUGCUGUCGCACUCGGUGUCAGAGUUCGUGCCCCAGCAUCAGGCGGAGAGAGCAGUGUCGUGCCUCACGGAUUACGCACAGGGAGACGGCCCCCACGUCCCAAACAGGGCCGCUCAGAGCCAGGCUGGGUUAAACCUGGAGGGAUUAAGGAAAGGAGGAGACAGCAGUCAGUUUGAGCCAGACAAGAACACGAUGCACUGUAACCUCGCCAGCGAGGGGCAGUCUCCCCUGCGCUUUGAGGGGAAAAUGAAGCCACAGACCCAGAGAGAAGGGGAUAGGAAGCCUGGGUUUCAGCCCGAGACUUACCUUGAUUUUCUGGGAAGAGUGUACGGUUCGCAAAGGCAUGCGGGUGGGAACUUUGGCGUGAACACCUCGGGAAAGAAGGAGCCUUCUGCUCUGUUCCCAUAUGUGUGUGCUGUGGGCGACCCCAGGAAGAAUCCCUACCAGCUGCAGCUUGGCAUCGGAGGCUUCCCGCCCAGGUCAGCCUUCCCAUAUGGCAACCCGGUCACAUUUAUGGAUCUGUGCAACCUGCUGCCAGAUGGCGAGUUCCUGCCCUUCAACCCCUACCUCCAUGACAUGAGUGGAGACGGGCCAUUCCUGGGCAUGGCAGCCACAAUGAGGUCCCCGCGGCUUGUGAAGAACCACUGCGCCCCCACCGGCCAGCUCCACUACCAACUGGAGGAGUGUUAUGAACAAUGGAGGGUCCUGGAGAAGGAGAGGAAAAAGGCUGAGGCAAUCCUUGCAAGGUAUUAUCCUGGGAAACGAGUUUCAGCAGUGAGCUGCAGCGCCUUCCCAAAAGUCCCACCAAAUCCUUCCCGAGUUGACCGUCUCAUUGUGGACCAGUUGCGCGAACAAGCCAGGGUUGUCAGCCUUUUGGGGAAGAUGGAGCAACUGGGCAGUUUCCCCCUCCACGCUAAUAUUUUGUCUUCGCUGGACCGACAUCUUGAAGCUAUUUACGUUACACAGACACGCCGCAAUGAGGAGUUUGUGAACUCUUCAAACCGACAGAGACAAGGAGCACCAUAUUUUGGAGAGGACAGAGAUAUCCUUCUGCUGGCCGUAGCGCUGAGGGAGAUGUGCAUAUCCACCAGGAAGUCUCGCACAGCUCUGUGGUGCGCGGUGCAGAUGACCUUGCCCCAGACCACCCCCGCAAAGCCAGAGGAGCAGAUGGGCUUCUGAAGAGGCGCGCUCUGCUCUAGCGUCUCACGCCUGAGAUAUUAACUAGCGACAGGCCAAUACAAGUCUUAGCGCCUUUCAAACAGCAAUUGUGCCAUCGAUAAAACUCAUGCAGUGGCAGGCGACUAAGCGCGUUUCCUGCUUCAUUGAAAUUCACACAUCAAAUAAAAAUACACAAAUCUAUAUCUUGAUAUAAAAAAUUAUAUUGCCAUGAAUAUCAAUACGUCU